AUGCUUCUUACCGAAUUCUCUGAAUCCUUUAAGCUGGCUGCUCACAUACCAGACCACGGGUCCACUUCAUUGACUCAAGCAUCCGCCGCACAGCCUGAGAGUAGCCACAAGCUCAAGACCACAAAACAGGGCAGGAAACCUCUAAAGAUUGAUGUUGACGCCAGCAAAGCCGGUGUAGACCAUGUCAGAGAGAAUUUGAUUGACGUUUCACCACUCAUCGACUUUGACGAUUUCGAAUUUGUCUAUGACUUUGACACUGAAGCUGCCGGUUCAAGCAGAUCACAAGAGGGCAAAGCCGAGCCGAGCUUGUCAAAAUUGAUGAAGCUGACAGAAGAAGACGCCGAAUACGACGAAUCUCCAUACAAAGCAAACCAGCAGAGCUUGUCAGACUUGUUACUAGAGUUGCCAGCCCCAUCCAACGAGUCUCCUGCUAAACGCAACAUCAGCCCACCCCUUGAACAUGCUCUUGCUCGGAGAGCCUCCAUACUGAGCUACAAGGCUCCAGGCGCUUCAAGCCUGCGCAAUGAGGCCCAUGGCCAAGUCAAGGGGCCCGUUGCCGACGCGGAUCCUCUUAUACCGCCCAUCGUUCUCUUCAAAGAAGCUUCAGGGUCUCCAAAAGUCAAAUGGCACAUUCCUCCUGAGAUCGAGGAGACAUUGGAAUUGGAGUUUCGCCCGUCAGGUACUGGGUUGUUUGCUCAUGAGUGGGUAAAGGUUCCUAUCGAGUUUAGGCACCACUCCCAAAAUACCCUCGCAAGAUUCUGGGACCUCACCUACAAUUCUGUGGUUCGCAAGACGGUCCUUCUUUACAAGCGCAAGCUGGCGACGGCAGGCAAAGCAGACCAGGUGUUGGAUUGGCCUAAUCGACUUCUAGCGGCGCUUGUCGAUAUCCAAGAAUUUGACAUUCAGGAAGGUGCAGAGCACGUUUUUGAUACUAGUGACACCAAAACAAGUAAACGCAAACUAAGCGUACCCGCGAUUCCAGAGGAAUCCGCAGGGUUUUCGGGCAAUAAUAUCCUCAUAGCAGCGCUUCGUGAAGUUAACCUGAGUCUCGCAAAUCCGAACGAUGAUACCUUCACCGCACAAGAGAAACUAGCUUUGUCAAAAGGCGUGAAGCUAGGCUCCCAGAAUGCUCCAAUCUUGACAGAGGUACUCACAGACUUUUACAAAGAGCUCCCAGCCCUCCGUUACUCUUCCAAGAUGGCCACCACUCUAAAUGAUAGGGAAAAGAUCAUAAGUGAAAAGCUGGCCUUGUUGGAGCUGCAGGCACUUGGCAUAGGCAAGGGCGAAGAGAGCGAGCUGGCCAUGGAGGACGCGACGACCGGCAAAGGCAAGGGCAAGGGCAAGGAGGGCGACCGGCUCGUGGAGGGCUCGGUCAGUGGCAAAGGAAAAGACAGGGAAAAUGAGUUGCCCCUGGAAGACGCGAAGACUGGCAAGGGCAAAGCUAAAGAGAGCGACAUGCUCGUGAAAGACCCAGCCAUCGGCGAAGGCAUAGGAAAAGAGAAUGGCUCGCCAGUAAAGGACACCACCAUCGGCAAAGGCAAAGGCAAGAACAAAGGCAAGGGCAAGAGCAAGAGCAAAAGGAAAGGCAAAGGAAAGGCGAAGGCGAAGGCGAAGGGGAAAAGGGCGAGCUCCUCGUGGAAGGUCCAGCUAUCGACAAAGGCAAAGGCAAAGAGGGUGAUCACUAUGAGGCAAAGAUCCGCGCGAUACAGUAUGAGAUCCUCGUGGGAGCCAAAGCUCUCUUCCUCGACCCCAAGUCCGAGGGAUUCCUCGAAGCCAUGUCUCUCAACCUUCCAUUGA